AUGCACCACAGUGGACGCCGACACGUCCGUCAGGCCCGUCGUCGAUCUCCUCAUCAUCUUCUCCGCCUGCCAGACGAGGUGUUGGUCUGGUCUGCCUUGCCCUCUUUAUUUUGCGCGUCCAUCAGUCAGUCCAAUGCGCGCGCGCGUUUCAUUGCACACUAACAGGUCCCAUCCAUUUUUAUUUUUUUUUCUUCCUUUUCCCGUCUUCCGUAAACCCCGUCUCCACCAGCCUCCAAUUCCACACACACACCAUCAAAGAGAGCGACCUCGACGACCUCACGAUGGCGGGUCCCAAUCUCGAGCUGUUCAAGUUCUCCCUCUACCUCUUUUUUCCCCUCGCUAUCAUGGUCCACUAUGGCGAUCCGCAGUGGUACCAUGACCACGUCCUUCCGAUCCGCGAUCAAUUCUGGCCCGACGAGCGUACCCUCUAUAAACCACCGAGGAACUCGGCGGAUCUCAAGGCAUCGUUGGAGGAGAUGAGAAAGGAAAGACUGGCGAAGCGAGAUGAGAGGGAAGGGCGCGCUCGUGCAUCGACGUCAACAGCCACACCAAGCAGCAGCAGCAGCAGCAGCAACAGCGGCGCAGGAGCUGGAGCUGCUCCAAAUCUAAGGGAGGGCGGCGCGCUGGGCAAGUUCUACGAAGCACGAGAGACCAAUCGGACGGGCCCGACAUGGAGAGAGACAUGGGUCGAGGCGACGCAACGCAAAGUCGUUUGACCGGGCAAGGCUUUACAUGAUCUGUAUUGUUAUUACAUGGUCGGAAGGUCUAGGUGAAAUGUACAAUUUACGGC